CCCCAGCUCCGAUCCUACUGCAGAUAUAAGUACAGUAUAUCUUUUAUUUGGCUGUACUUAUAUCUGCAUUCGUCGUAUCUUUUAUUUGGCUGCCUCCAUCACCACUCGAUCAUACAUAUUAUCCAGCAAACUGUUGUGUGUGAUCGAUCCAUCCAUCACUAAGCCCAGCUGAGACACGCACGUACGCAUAUAUGGCUGGACCUGCUUACGCCCGCGCGGCGCUCGCGCUCGCGCUCGCCGUGGCCGCGGCCGCCGCGGCCGACGCGCAGACGGAGUGGCUCAGGGGGCAUGCCACGUUCUACGGCGGCGCGGACGCCUCCGGCACCAUGGGGGGCGCGUGCGGGUACGGCGACCUGUUCGCGCAGGGGUACGGCACGCGGACGACGGCGCUGAGCACGGCGCUCUUCUCCGGCGGGGCCUCGUGCGGGCAGUGCUACAAGCUGGUGUGCGACAGGAAGACGGACGCGACGUGGUGCAAGCCGGGGGUGUCCGUCACCGUCACCGCCACCAACUUCUGCCCGCCCAACUGGAAGCUCCCCGACGGCGGGUGGUGCAACGCGGUGCGCGCCCACUUCGACAUGGCGCAGCCGGCGUGGGAGAAGAUCGGCGUCUUCAGCGGCGGCAUCAUCCCCGUCAUCUACAGGAGGGUCUCCUGCGUCAGGAAGGGCGGGGUGCGCUUCACCGUCAACGGCCACGACUACUUCAACCUCGUCCUGCUCACCAACGUCGCCGGCCCGGGAUCCAUCAGGGCCAUGGACGUCAGGAGCUCGAAACCGCCGGUGGACUGGAUGCACAUGGCGCGCAACUGGGGCGCCAACUGGCACUCCCUCAGAUACCUCACCGGCCAGGGGCUGUCGUUCAGGGUCACCGUCACAGACGGCCAGACCAUCGUCUUCGCCGACGUCGUGCCGCCCAAGUGGAGGUUCGGCCAGUCCUUCUCCAGCAAGCUGCAGUUCAAGCUGUGACUAACUGACUACUACCGUACUAAAGGUAGCCCGUACAUGUACCGUACCACCGUGUGCGUGAUGAUCGAUCAUCGAUGAUUAUUUAAUUUGGACCUCCAGGCCAAUAUAUACAGUAAUUGAUUUGGUUGUGACUUGCAUUGUGGAGAGGGUUCAUUUACCAUUUCUGUAUGUAGGAGUACAUACGUGCUUCCAAAUUUUUUUAUUUGAAAAGAAACAAGACUUGUUAAUUUAUUGCUA